AUGGGGCAGGUCAUGUGCCAGUGGUGCAGCCUGGGGUGCUGGGUGCUCAUGGGCUCCAUGUUGAAGUAUGGGGGAGAGGACAUCUCUUGCCCUGGCCGCAGGGUGUGGAGCUGGUCUGUGACCCUGCUCACGCAGGCAGCCUGCCCAGUGGUGCGGCAGCCACUGGCAGUGCAACUGCUCUGGCUGCGUGGGCCAUGGUGGUGGGACGGUGGUGUCUCUGCAGGCGAUGGCAAUCCCAAGGAGAGCAGCCCCUUCAUCAACAGCACGGACCUGGAGAAGGGCAAAGAGUACGAUGGCAAGAACAUGGCACUUUUCGAGGAGGAGAUGGACACCAGUCCCAUGGUCUCGUCCCUGCUGAGUGGGCUGGCCAACUACACCAACCUACCACAGGGCAGCCGGGAGCACGAGGAGGCUGAGAACAAUGAUGGGGGCAAGAAGAAGCCGGUGCAGGCCCCGCGGAUGGGCACCUUCAUGGGCGUCUACCUGCCCUGCCUCCAGAACAUCUUUGGAGUCAUCCUCUUCCUGCGCCUCACCUGGGUGGUGGGGAUCGCCGGCAUCAUGGAGUCCUUCUGCAUGGUCUUCCUUUGCUGCUCCUGCAGCAAGGAGAAGCCUUCAGCUUCCCAGAGGAAUCAGCAGUGGACCAGUGCUCAAGCAGUGACCCAGAUCGUAGCUGCCAUGCAGGGGGAUGUGCUGGGGGUCCCCUACCCUGGCACCUUGCUGUGCUGCACGGGUGGCUCGUACUACAUGAUCUCACGCUCCCUGGGACCUGAGUUUGGAGGGGCCGUGGGGCUCUGCUUUUACCUGGGCACCACCUUUGCCGGCGCCAUGUAUAUCCUGGGCACCAUCGAAAUCCUGCUGGCCUACAUUUUCCCAGCCAUGGCCAUCUUCAAGGCAGAGGACGCCAGCGGGGAGGCAGCCGCGAUGCUCAACAACAUGCGUGUGUACGGCACCUGUGUGCUGACCUGCAUGGCCACCGUCGUGUUCGUGGGAGUCAAGUACGUCAACAAGUUUGCCCUGGUCUUCCUGGGCUGUGUCAUCCUCUCCAUCCUUGCCAUCUAUGCCGGUGUCAUCAAAUCAGCCUUCGACCCGCCAAGCUUCCCGAUCUGCCUCCUGGGCAACAGGACCCUCUCGCGCCACGGCUUCGACCUCUGCACCAAGACGGUGGUGGAGGGGAACGAGACGGUGGGUUCCAAGCUCUGGGAGCUCUUCUGCACCUCCCGCUUCCUGAACGCCACCUGCGAUGAGUACUUCACCAUGAACAAUGUCACCGAGAUCGAGGGCAUCCCCGGUGCUGCCAGUGGCCUCAUCCAAGGCAUCAUGGCUGGCUCCAACCGCUCUGGAGACCUGCGGGAUGCCCAGAAGUCCAUCCCCACGGGCACCAUCCUGGCCAUCGCCACCACCUCUGCUGUCUAUAUCAGCUCCGUAGUCCUCUUCGGAGCGUGCAUCGAGGGGGUCGUCCUGCGUGACAAGUUUGGUGAGGCUGUCAACGGGAACCUGGUGGUUGGCACCCUGGCAUGGCCGUCCCCGUGGGUCAUUGUCAUCGGCUCCUUCUUCUCCACCUGUGGGGCUGGGCUGCAGAGCCUCACGGGAGCCCCCCGCCUCCUGCAAGCCAUCUCCAGGGAUGGGAUCGUGCCCUUCCUCAGGGUCUUCGGCCACGGCAAAGCCAACGGGGAGCCGACAUGGGCCCUGCUGCUAACGGCCUGCAUCUGCGAGAUCGGGAUCCUGAUCGCCUCCCUGGACGAGGUGGCUCCCAUCCUCUCCAUGUUCUUCCUCAUGUGCUACAUGUUCGUCAACCUGGCGUGUGCUGUGCAGACGCUGCUGCGGACGCCCAACUGGCGGCCCCGCUUCCGCUACUACCACUGGACCCUGUCCUUCCUGGGCAUGAGCCUCUGCCUGGCACUGAUGUUCAUCUGCUCCUGGUACUACGCGCUGGUGGCCAUGCUGAUCGCCGGCCUCAUCUACAAAUACAUCGAGUACCGCGGGGCGGAGAAGGAGUGGGGCGAUGGGAUCCGGGGGCUGUCCCUGAGCGCGGCCCGCUAUGCCCUGCUGCGGCUGGAGGAAGGGCCCCCGCACACCAAGAACUGGAGGCCACAGCUGCUGGUCCUGGUCCGCGGGGAUCAGGAGCAGAACGUGGUGCACCCGCAGCUCCUGUCCUUCACAUCGCAGCUCAAGGCUGGGAAGGGCCUCACCAUUGUGGCCUCUGUGCUGGAGGGGACCUUCCUGGACAACCACCCACAGGCGCAGAGGGCGGAGGAGUCCAUCCGGCGCCUGAUGGAAGCAGAGAAGGUGAAGGGCUUUUGCCAGGUGGUGAUCUCCUCCAACCUGCGGGAUGGCAUGUCCCACCUCAUCCAGUCCAGUGGUCUGGGGGGCCUGCAGCACAACACGGUGCUGGUGGGCUGGCCCCGCAGCUGGCGCCAGAAGGAGGACCACCAGACCUGGAGGAAUUUCAUCGAGCUGGUGCGAGAGACCACGGCUGGGCACCUGGCCUUGCUGGUGGCCAAGAAUGUUGCCAUGUUCCCGGGCAACCAGGAGCGGUUCUCAGAGGGCCACAUUGAUGUCUGGUGGAUUGUCCACGAUGGGGGGAUGCUGAUGCUGCUGCCCUUCCUCCUACGGCAGCACAAGGUCUGGCGUAAGUGCAAGAUGCGCAUCUUCACGGUGGCACAGAUGGAUGACAACAGCAUCCAGAUGAAGAAGGACCUCACCACGUUCCUGUACCACCUGCGCAUCACCGCAGAGGUGGAGGUGGUGGAGAUGCAUGAGAGUGACAUCUCUGCCUACACCUAUGAGAAGACACUGGUGAUGGAGCAGCGUUCCCAGAUCCUCAAGCAAAUGCACCUCACCAAGAAUGAGCGUGAGCGGGAGAUCCAGAGCAUCACGGAUGAGUCCCGUGGCUCCAUCCGGCGCAAGAACCCGGCCAACACCCGCCUGCGCCUGAACGUCCCUGAAGAGCAGGCUGGUGAUGGCGAGGAGAAGCCAGAGGAGGAGGUCCAGCUCAUCCAUGACAAGAAUGCCACCACCUUCUCCAGCAGCUCACAGUCCCCUGGUGAUGAGGUAGAGGCAGCCCCCGAGAAGGUGCAUCUCACCUGGACAAAGGAGAAGUCUGUCGCCGAGAAGAACAAGAGCAAGAGCCCUGUCAGCCCUGAGGGCAUCAAGGACUUCUUCAACAUGAAGCCGGAGUGGGAGAACCUGAACCAGUCCAACGUGAGGAGGAUGCACACGGCUGUGAAGCUCAAUGAGGUGAUUGUGAAGAAGUCCCAGGACGCCAAGCUGGUCCUGCUGAACAUGCCAGGACCACCCCGUAAUCGGAAAGGGGAUGAGAACUGUAUCCUUCCUAUGGGACCAGGCACCAAGACCCCUCUCUGCAGGAGGAGCUGGGGUCCGUGA